UAAAGCGGAGAUGUCGGACUCCGUCUCGGUGCUGGAAGCCUUCAAGUUCAUCGAGAAAGCAGCCGCAGAGUUCAGCGAUGAAGACGAGGAUGAAGACAGCGAGGGACAGAACAAGAGCGUGGUGGACCUCUCCACCAUGGUGAGGAGGAAGGUGUCUCCGUCUCCCUCCUCUUCCUCAGCUGACAUGAGCGAUGACUUGGACACAGACGAGGUCCUGAAGGGAUUCGACUUCCUGGCCAACAGUGAGGACAUGGAGGGCUCGUCUGAAGCGCCGUCCUCCGACUGGGAGAAGGAAGAGCAGAGCCCCUCGUCUGAGUCCUGGGACGUGGAUGAGGGUCUGAUCUCUAAACUCAAGGAACAGUACAAGAAGGAGCGCAAGGGCAAGAAAGGGGUGAAGAGGCCGAACCGCUGUAAGCUGCAGGAUAUGUUAGCUAACCUGCGUGACGCGGAGGAUCUGUCGUCCAUCCAGCCGCCGGUGGCUCCUCCGUCCCGUCCCAGCAUGCCCCGCCUCAGUGACCCCCCGCUGGGACGCACCGACGAGGUGGAAGCGCUGACGUUCAUGGGAACAGACGAGGCUCUGGAGAGCGAGCUGGGUCUCGGAGAGCUGGCCGGACUCAGCGUGGCCAACGAGGCCGAGAGUCUGUCCUACGAUAUCACUAAUAAUAAAGACGCUCUGCGGAAGACGUGGAACCCCAAGUUCACGCUCAGGAACCACUUCGAUUCGAUCCGUGGUCUUGCGUUUCACCCCAUCGAGCCGGUUCUGAUCACCGCGUCUGAAGAUCACACGCUCAAGAUGUGGAACCUGCAGAAAACUGCUCCGGCCAAGAAGUGCGCCGCUCUGGAUGUGGAGCCCAUCUACACUUUCAGGGCUCACAGGGGUCCGGUUCUGUGUGUGGUGAUGAGCUCCAGCGGUGAGCAGUGUUUCAGCGGCGGUCUGGACGCGUCCAUCCAGUGCUGGAACACACCGAGCCCCAACAUCGAUCCGUACGACUCAUACGAGCCGUCGGUGCUGCGGGGGGCGCUGUCUGGACACACAGAUGCAGUCUGGGGUUUGGUGUACAGCUCGGCUCAUCACAGACUGCUGUCGUGCUCUGCUGACGGGACGGUGAGGCUGUGGAGCGCAGCGGAUACGUCACCCGCCAUCGCUGUCUUCAACGAGAACAAAGAGCUGGGCGUCCCGUCGUCGGUGGAUCUGGUCUGCAGUGAUCCGGCUCACAUGGUCACAUCCUUCACUAACGGCCGGACGGGGAUCUUCAACAUGGAGACACGACAGCUGGUGCUGGAGCUCGAGUCGCAAGCGGCCGGAGAACCCGAUGCACCGUGUCAGAUUAAUAAAGUGCUCAGUCACCCGACGCUUCCCAUCAGCAUCACAGCACAGGAGGACCGACACAUCCGCUUCUACGACAACAACACAGGCAAGUUGAUUCACUCGAUGGUGGCUCAUCUGGAUGCGGUCACCAGUCUUGCGGUGGAUCCCAACGGUCUCUAUCUGAUGUCUGGUAGUCACGACUGCUCGGUGCGUCUCUGGAACAUGGAGAGCAAGACGUGCAUCCAGGAGUUCACGGCUCACAGGAAGAAGUUCGACGAGUCCAUCAACGACGUGGCGUUCCACCCCACCAAGUGCUACAUCGGCAGCGCCGGAGCCGACGCCCUCGCCAAAGUCUUCGUAUGACCUUCGAACUUUGACCAAAACUGCUUCCACAAACUGAUGAACUCGCAGGGACCGCUCUGAUGAUCCGGGCAGGCCUGGGUGCUGGAGGGGAGGCCAACAAACACAGAGGAACCUCCAGACCUCCUCCGUUCAGCCUCAACAGGAAGUCGGGUGCCUCCCACACUUCUGCAGUUUUAGUUCUCCUCUCUGGUUUCCCGUCUUGCGUUCGCUCCGUUUUAACGACGUGCCUUUUGCUACAAACAGUCUCGAGAAAUGCGGAUUCUCUUAGUCGAUGCUGACCAAAUGCAUCACAUUAUAUUCAAAAUCUCGAUGGGAUGCAAUGAAUUGCAUUGUAUUAAAAACUCAAUUUCAGUGCAUCUCUUGUCUGGCAGACAAUGAAUUCAAAUUGUACAUAAUAUAACAUAACAAUAACCCGCAGUACUAAAUUUCUCCAUGUUUGUGUCCAAAUAUAAAUCCAUCAUCGUUUGAUUCACUUCGCCCCAAAAUCAAGAAAAUAAAACCUGUUUGGUUUUUUUUUUGCAUGAUGGCAUUUUUUAUAAAAUGUCAGAAUGUUAAACUAUUAGAUCUCAGUUUUUUUUAUAACUCUGUGAUUUUUGUGGUGAAAUACGUCCUGGAUGAUGUUCUUGAGAUUCAAGCGUCAACCAUCAGGACGCACGUCUCGAUUUAGUGCUGCGUUAAAUAUUUACGCUGUUAUUUUACUUCAGUUUCUCUUGAGGGUUUGCAGUCGGUCCAGUGAAACCCGCCUGUUCUGUGAAAUCAUCUCAACAUUGUGAUGUACCGACAAACACGGAGACAAAAUUUUAGAUUUAGAGCCGUUACUGAAUAUACGUUGAACUUCGUCAAAGUGAUAAUGCGCAGAAGUCUUAUAAUAGUUUGAAUGUGUUGCAGUUUUUGACAAGCUGUACUCAAAAGUACAAUGAUUCAGAAGUCUAUAUUUGUCUGAAAUCUGUUGUUUUUAUUUAUUUUUUGCCUUUAUUUUUUUGUACUUGUUUUGCCUGUAAUGCCAAUGCAUUAGGAUUUCGCUUCAGGAAGGGACGAGCGGCUAUGUUACGUACAUAAAAACGCUCACUCAUCCUCACCUUCUCUACCUGCACAGGUGGUGGUUUGUGUAUUAGCUGAAAAUAAUUUGAAAUCUAUUUUAUAUGUAAUAGUUUGAAGCAGAUACUAGUGUUUUUUAUCAUUGUAUGACCGAGGUUGCAAACAGAUCGUAACCCGAGUUUCCUGCAGGUUGAGGUUUUUUAUUUAAACUCUUCUGGUUUAUUUGAAUUUGUCUGUGAUUACUUGAACUAUUUGGGCGUGUGUGCGUGUUUUUAACUGCUAGGGUAGAGAUUUUCUGCUUUUAUGGGGAAUCGUUUGCCUUUAACUGAUGACAUGAGCACUACAAGACGAGCGAAGUGUUUGUGUGUUUCCUUCAGGUCUGUGAAAAGUAACGCGAGUUUGCUACUCUACCAAAUGAUGAUAAAGGACUAGUUUAGACAAAUAUGAAAUCCAUCACUGUUUACUCACCUUCAUGUCACCGCAAACUUAUAGAAGCUUGUUUCUGACACAGGAUAAAGAAAUGUCGGAAAUUUUGCGAAGAAACUCGCAAUUAUGAGUUAGAAUUUUGAGUUUUUGUCUUACUUUGUCUUGUUUUUUUCUCUGCCACGAUAAAAAAAAGGUUUUGACAUUUUGCUCAAUUUAGUAAACGUCUUGCAAUUUAUUUUCGCCUCAGAAUAAAAAAAAAUAAGGUAUAAAUGUAAAUGCUGAUUUUUAUCUCAUAAUUAGUACUUUUAGAAAUUUAAGAUCUAAAUUCAUGAGAGAAAGUCACGAUGGCCUUAAAAAAAAAAAAAAAAGAAGUAAAUUCUAUGGGCAAAAAAAAACCUGAAUUGUGAAUUGAAGUUAUGACCAUCAGAAUACAAGGACAUUUUUGAUUAAUGAGUUUCUUGCUAUUUAGUUUCUUGUAAUUCUGACUUUGAUCUCAGACUUGCACGUUUAUAUCCAAAUUGCAUGAUGAUAAAAAGUCGCAAUUACAUUUUUCAUUUAUUACAUGGCGAAAAAUUGUACGAAUUUCAAGAUGUUAAAAUCCUCGGGAAAAAAAGUCUGAAUUGCGAAAUGUAAACCUAGAUUUCCGAAGAAAUUUGCGAAUUUUUUAUCCCGCAAUUCUGAGUUUAUUUAUUAUGAGUUUAUAUUAAACUCACAAUUGAAACUCUCAAUUAUAAGAAAAAGUCUGAAUUUAGUGUUUACAUUUCGCAAUUCUCUUUUUUUUCUGAGAAUUGUUUAUAUCGCAGUUUGAACAAUAACAACUCUUUUUCUCUCAGAAUCCCAGAAUUGCGAGUUUAUUUUUUUAAAGACCUUUCUUUUAUGAAUUGCGAAAACGGCCUUCCGUACAAACCCAUUUGACACAACGAUGCUCUUUUGCAUUUUAAGGUGUGGAAAACAAGCUGCAUCACAUUGACCGGUGCAUUUCAUAAAGAUUACAACUGAAUUUGAUCGACAUGACGGUGAUUAAAUAUUUUUUUUUAUUUGUUCAUUCUAUUCCUUUAAAAUUCGAGGCGCACUUAACGUUAAGCUCGUGCACAUAGCGCCGGUUUGGGACGUUGCUAGGGAACCGUGUGCGUGCGUGCGUGUCCGUGUUUUCGUACUAGUAAAUAUAUUUUCUGAUUUCGUUCAUUUUGGUGCAUAUUAAUUUUAGAUAUAUAAGAAUCUCAAUAUGUAUAGUUUUAAAAUAUUGAUCAACACUCUAUUUAUGAACCAGAAUACAGUGUAUAUUAACCUGCGAAGCUAACAGUGAAGAUUAACUAAUAUUUGUGAUACUAGUCGCGCGGGAGAGUUUAGUUUGCGCCACCUGCUGGUCAGAGAUGGGAACUCGGCUACUGGAGAUACUAAAGUGCUUCUGAUUAUUUGGUUACUGAUCGAUUGACGUGCUUACCGGAAACAUCAGAGUAUUUGAAGGGAACGAUGACCUGAUUUGAUUGGACGAUGAUGUCAUGACGGGACGCGCCUGAACUUUUAACCCUUUGGUUGUAUAGAGAGAGUUUGGAAAGAUCGUGUUAAUAAAUGCUAUACUCCUCUUGUACAUAUUUUAUUAUGAAUAUUACUGUUUAUUCUUGAUUUCUCGUUGUAUUCUCUUAUUUUUUCCUCAGAUGGACAUUUAUCAAUAUAAUACAAUAAUAAAAGAAUAUGUUGUAUUUCA